UUCUAAAAGGGACAGAGAGCACCCUGCUACAUUUCCUAAUCAAGAAGUUGGCGUGCAGCCGAGAGAGCUGGAGUGAGUUGGUCAUGAUGCAGAAGCUACUCAAAUGCAGUCCGCUUGUCCUGGCUCUUGCCCUCAUCCUGGUUCUGGAAUCCUCAGUUCAAGGUUAUCCAGCCAGGUACCAAUGGGUGCGCUGCAGUCCGGACAGUAAUUCUGCAAACUGCAUUGAAGAAAAAGGACCAAUGUUCGACCUACUUCCAGGUGAAUCCAACAAGAUCCCAAGGCUGAGGACUGACCUUUUUCCAAAGACAAGAAUCCAGGACUUGAAUCGUAUCUUCCCGCUUUCUGAGGACUAUUCUGGAUCAGGUUCCGGCUCCGGCUCUGGAUCAGGAUCUGGGAGUGGCUUCAUAACUGAAAUGGAACAGGAUUACCAACCAGUAGAUGAAAAUGAUGCUUUCCAUGACAACCUUAGGUCUCUUGACAGGAAUCUGCCCUCAGACAGCCAGGACUUGGGUCAACUUGGAUUAGAAGAGGAUUUUAUGAUAUAAAAGAGAAUUUUCCCACCUUGACACCAGGCAAUGUAUUUAGCAUGUUUUGUGUACCAUGGUUAAAUGAUCAACCUUGGGACAAAGGAUCUUAUAGACAUUUUUAAACAUCUGAAAAAGAACCUUAAGUUUUAUCAUCCUUUUUUUCUCAUGAAUUCUUAAAGGAUUGUGCUUUAAUGCUGUUAUCUAUCUUAUUGUUCUUGAAAAUACCUGCAUUUUUUGGUAUCAUAUUCAGCCAACAUCAUUAUGAAAUUAAUUAGAUUCCCAUGGCCAUAAAAUGGCUUUAAAGAAUAUAUAUUUUUUUAAAAACGGUUUGAGAAGCAAAUUGGCAGGUAAUAUUUCAUACCUAAAUUAAGAAUCUGACUUGGAUUGUGAAUUACAGAUAUGCCCCUUUUCUUAUAAAAACAAAACAAAAAAAUAAUGAAGCACAGUUAAUUUGUAGAGUGGGGGUAUUUGACAUAUUUUACAGUGUGGAGUGUACUAUAUGUUAUAGUACCUUUGAAUGUGUUUGCAGAGCUAGUGGACAUGUUUAUCUACAAGUACGAUUGCUGUUAUAUAACACCCCAAAUAACUCCCAAAUUAAAGCACAGUUGUGCUCUCAAUACCUCAUACUGCUUUACCUUUUUUUCCUGGAUAUCUGUGUAUUUUCAAAUGUUACUAUAUAUUAAAGCAGAAAUAUAACCAAA